CCAAGGCGCGUCAGUUCUUUAAAACAUCUACAUUUAUACAAUAUAAAUAUUCUUUCAUAUUGACUAAGUGCCCCCUACUGAAAUUCUGUUUUAAUUACGUUUAAUAUGCAUUACGAGAUUAUUUUUAAAAUAUGAGUAAAUUUAGUGCUGUGAAAUGGUAACCCCAGUGCGUUUGACAGAUCGCACACGCAGUGCAGUGGUGUCGAAAGUGAACGUGUGUUGUGUAUUCGAAUUAUUGAAUGUUACUGUGAAUUAAAAGAACUAAAACAAAAUGGCGACUACAAUAGAGGCGUCACAGAGCCUCAUCCAAUCUGAGUCCAGGGUGACGCACAGUUACCAAGAAGUCCAUGUGUCAGAGAGCCGACAAGUCAAGAAGAAGAAGUCCAGCAGACGGCAUAAGGAUGAGGGAUCCAUAUCUGUGUCAAAAAGCUCAGAAAAGCUAUUUAAAAAGAUGAAGGCGUCUGAAGAAAACCCCACUUGUGCCAAAUGCUCCAGGCCAGUGUACGCUAUGGAGAGGAUUAAAGCCGAAAAGAGAGCUUGGCACAAAGAAUGCUUUCGAUGUGUUCAGUGCAAUAAACAACUUACAAUGGAGACGUAUCAAAGCGACCAUACAACAUUGUACUGUAAGCCACACUUCAAGCAACUGUUUGAACCGAAGCCGGUUGAUGAUGAAGAUGAAACUGACGCUGCCCCAAGAAAACAUCAAAUGAUAAUCUGCGAGAGCAACCCAGUGGAACUUCCACCUGACGUCGUGCGAGCAUCAGAUAAACCAGACUUGGGUCUAGAAGAGCUGGCAUCUCUGGACGUGAAGUCUCGUUUCGAGGUGUUCGAGAAGAAAGCACAGCCUGAAGAAAAGCCUACUCUGGAAAAACACCAUCGCGAGAAAAGUUCCACUCUUCUGUCUAAAUUGGCCAAGUUUAAAGCAAAGGGAAUGGACAUUGGUGUGUCUGAUGAGUACUUAAAUGGUGUGGAAGCUGAAGAUAGCUCCAGCGAAAGAGGGGAAGAGGACGAUGAAGACUCGGUCCUCAAAAACUCGUACAAGCACAGUGGAAGUCGGGAACAGCCAGUUUCGUUCUGUAAUAUGAGCGAAAUAGUGGGUCGCUUCGAGAGCGGACAGCAUACCAACACCGAAAGACAUAGAGAGCGGAAACAGGAAAUACAAAAUAUUCGGAGCAGAUUGUUUAUGGGAAAACAAGCAAAAAUAAAGGAAAUGUAUGAACAAUCCGUGAUGCAGAGUGAACAAGGUGUAACAUCAUCAGAAAAAAUAUCCAAAGAACUUGAAUUGGAUGCUGAAAAAGCUCGCGCCAUUAAGGAGCGAUUUGAAAAUGGCGAAGUGUACAAUGACGAGAAUCAAGCUCCUAAAAAUCGGGAAUUCGAAGAUCGGGCCGUUUUUAAUGAAGGAAUCGCAAAGAAAUCAAGAUCUAUAUUCCUAGAGUUGGACGCUAACGCCAAAACUAUGCCGCCACUAUCUCCACCGCCGCAGGAUGUGCCGAAACGAAAGGAAAUCCCAUUCGUACCAAAAGACGUGGUCCGUGCUGCUGACAAACUGGAGGACGUGAAGAUUGAGACGUCAGACAUCUCGGACCGAUUUAAGUUCUUCGAGACUUAUCAGCCUGAAGCUAAGCGUAAGGAGUUCCGUAUGACUCCGCCACGGCAGACCCAGCGACCCAAAUCCCCAUCCCCCGAAAUAUACCACGAGCCAAGCGUAGUGCGGAGUGAAGAUGCCGUCGCCGACACCAAUUUAGCUGCGAGUCGGCACACGGCAUCUCGCAUGAUCUCCGUGUUUAGAGAGAUGGAGGAACAGAGACACAAAAAUGAUGAACCGCAGGGCCCGAAGCCGUUAAAGCGUUUUACCCCCCCACCACCCGGGGAGAACACCCAUACAGGCGACACAACAUCAUCGGAAGAGUACAGCGAGGAGGAAGAUAGCGAAGACGAGGCUCGCAGAACGUAUUACGAGGCGCGUCAGAGAGACGAGGCUCUUCAACAGGCUCAACAAUUAGCUCGUACGAAGAGUUUCCGAGACCGCUUCGAACAUUGGUCCGAAAGCGAACCACAGCGUUCUCCCUCAACUCUCAUCAUAGAGAGGGAUCAAGAGGAAGAUGGAGACUCCCUCGCCACUGCUAAGAGUUUGCGGGAUAAGUUUGAAAAUAUGAAAGUCCAGACGACAACCGUCAACAAGACUUUGACAACGAAAGUUAAUAGAUUUGUGUGACGCCGUCGCAUCAUAUAUUUAUUGCCAAAGCCUUUAUAUAAACACUUGCCGUGUGAAAUAGAUAGUCUUUUUAAAUAUAAGUUCUACUUAACCUAUAUUGUAAAGUCAAUAUAUUUAUUGCUAACAACUCUGUACUAAAAAUAUAAGUAUUGGGGUUUUAAAGAACUUUAUAAACGCAGUGGAGGAUUUAUAAAUUUUCAAGCUGUAAAGUUUUUUUUAGUUUUUCACUUGCGUCUACUGUACUGUGUCCUAGAUUAUUUUUACCAUCCAACAAUAACCUUGAGAUUGCACACAAUUAUAUACAAAACAACCAGUUCCCAACCUCCUACCAGUAGUAGGACUAAGAUGUAUAUGCAGGGGAAAGAAGAAAAUACAUUUUCUGCAAUUUCACUCUUACUCAUACAAAGUAUGAGAUAAACGCUGCAGAGGUCGACUGGGGUGCGUCUAGCUGUUUUAUAUGCAGGGUUCCUACACCGAAUGCACAGUGACAACUAAGAGGGGAUCAUCAUAAUUUGUUGCAUACUGAAACUGUAAAACAUCAUAAAACGCAAGAUUUUUUUAAAUUCUAUGAGGUAGUACAGAAAUCGGUUACCCAAAUUUGCCGCCCUAGGCUCCAGUCUACUCCUGGUAAAUCUGCCACUGUAUAAACGUACGGAAUAAACACCUUGGUGCCAUUUAUGAUUUAAUCUUAUAGUUUUAAUAUAAUAUAUGCACAUUAUUAUUGACAAUAUGUGGUACUCACUAUGUUAUUCUUAUAUUGGUCUAUAGUUAAUUGAGAUUAUAAUUUACCCAUAAGUUUGCAAAUUAGUACUAAAUUAAAAUGUAUAUUAAAUUUUUCGCAUUUGACUGAUAUCAACGUAAUUGUACUUAAAUUUGGGGUUUGAUUACAAUUUUGUAAGAUUUUUUUUAAAUAAAAGUAUUUAAAUUA